AGAAACAGUGCAAGAAGCAGUCAAUAUUAUCGGCCGGAAAAGAUGAAAGGGAUGACGAUUUGUCUGUUUAUUUUUAUGUUGGUUUCCCAAAGGAAUGUUUAUUCUUGCACCCCUGAUGAGCUGAUUCUCGUGCAAAUGAUAUCCCGUCAUGGGGACGUUUCACCAAGUCAAUUGUAUCCUGAAGAUCCUAAUCCUGCAGAUGUUUGGAAAGGAGGCCUUGAAGAUUUGACUUUGAAAGGGAAAUUCCAGUGCUAUGCCUUAGGUUGUUACUUGAGGGCGCGCUAUGGCGAUUUCAUUACAUCUGAUCCGCACGAGGUGGAAGUUUUGAGUGCUUCGAAACGAUACUGCGUGAACAGCGCCCAGAGCCUGGUAACAGCGCUGUACGCUCCGAGUUCUGACUGGGAAAUAGUCGAACAGUUUCCCUGGCAACCCAUCUUCAUUCAGUAUGGAAAUCAAACCAUUGAAAAGUCCUUAAACAAUCUUCCUUGCCCUUCUGCUGAUGAAGAAACACGGCGGAUAUUAUCAGAAGAAAUAAAAAUGUUGCAAAAUUACGAGGGUCUUAUAUAUUUCUGGCAAGAAAACAGUGGAUGGAAUUUCGAAAGUUUGAAGGAUAUUGAAGCAUUAUAUGACGUUAUUCAGACUGAAGCUAAAUAUAACCUAAACAUACCGACUUGGGCUCAAAAUUACUGGAGUUACCUGCAGUAUCUCCACGACUUGUCAUUCAUCCUGAAAUUAAAGACGAAUCAACAAAAAAGACUCAGAGGCGGACCUUUAGUAGAUUUGGUCUUCGACAAAAUGAAGAAGAAAGCUUCCGAAGAAUUGGGAAAAACUAAAGUGUUUGUUUAUUCUACACAUGGACUGAAUAUCGCUGCUUAUUUAUCAGCUUUAGGCAUGUGGAAUGGAAUGGAACCAGAAUCAUGUGCCACUGUUCUGAUUGAACUGUAUCGCCACCAGGACGACCAUUAUAUUCGUCAUAUGUAUUUGAAUUCCACGACACCUGAACGUGAACCUCAGCAAUAUCAUGUACUGACAGUACCUGGAUGCGGUGAAUUCUGCCCGCUAGAUUAUAUACUGGAGAUUUCCAAAGACAUGAUCCCACAAAAUUGGGAUAAGGAAUGCCAGCAUGUCUAGAUUACCAAUAUAGUCAAUGAUAAUUCAAAUUUACAGCACAGGGCCAAAUCCAUAGUGCACCGUUAAACAGGAUUCAUUUUAAACAAUAAGUGACAGUUUAUAUCAUAUAACUCUUUAUAUAUAAUGAAAGCUGUUUAUCGUAUUGAUGCACAGAAAAUGGCCAUUAUUACACAGGCCUACAACGGAAUGUUGUAUGUGGGUAGCUGCAUUCGGCGCGAAUUGUAAUUUGUUUGGCGGAGAACAUAAACUGAAACAAACGUUUCCUAUAAUAAUGAAGAAAUUGGGACUUUUGGAAAAAUGACGCCAAAUAUGAAAUGUUACUUUUCCCUAAUAUUACAAAAUUGUGCUAUCUGAAACAAUGAAAAAACUUCUGAAGGACAAAUUAAAUUAUUUGGCUCAAUCAAAUAUGAUAUAUUUUAAAAGAGAAUCUCCUUAUUUGAUAUAUAAAUACGGAUGGAGUACAAUCAGGUUCAAAUAUUUCUGGGUGCACUUUGGAUAUGCGCCAAUCUUCUGUGUUAAUUGGGUAAUUUCAUGGUGCUCUUUUUUCUAAAUUAAGAUGCAUAGCAGUAUGUAUCACGUUGAUCAUCGGUGAAGGGACAACUUUUACCUGUCGAUGCGCUGUAACGUUGAGUUGUCAUCGACUAGUACUUCAGAAUCCGACUGAAAUACAGUGAAAUGUUAAAUCAGGUCCUGGAAGAAUCACAUUUACAUUCUUUCUGCCAAGUACACUAUUUUAGUUGUUUUUUUCCCCACAUAUGUGUAUUUGUUAAGGAAAACUAAACUAACAAGAAGAAAGGGAAAAAAAUUACUAAAUGCAGUUUAAUGAUUUUUUUUAUGAAAUAAAUUGAAUAUUUUUGAUUUUCUAAUACUAAAGAAGUUGGACACAAUACUAUAUCCUCGAAGUCUUUGAGGCUCUAAAAUUAUACUACACAAUCCAUUUUGAAUUUGAGGUAAUUAAAUUAAAUAAUGCUAUUUUUGUUUGAAAAUACUAAUAACAGCAAAUAUCUUAACUGCACCAUUUUUUUAAUAUUCAACUAAUUCUACAAUAGCUAUAACACAGGUCAUAUCCAUUCCUUAAAAAAAAAAAAAAAAAAAAAUGAAAAUUGUUUUAAAUAGUUUUUAGUGCUAUCCCAUAUCUGAAACCCAUUUUAUCUUGUCACAUAAGGUCUUCCCAAAAUAUUUCAAAUUUAGGUAAAAAUAAAUUAAAAUAUUUUGACACUAUUAUUUUAUCACCUCAUAAACACAACAUUAAACUAUUAUUAUUUAUAUAAUAAACACCUAUAAAUGAUUUUAUGUUGUUCUUAAAUAUAUAAAAUUCGCUUGCAUUAGACUUUCCAUUCAUGAUAAAAAUUUAUGUGACAUAUAUAUGUAAGCAUCAUUUUAUGUAAAGCAGGAUGCAGUUUCGAAGACAUAGAUGAAGACUUUUUACAUUUUUGAAAUUAAUUUUAAAAUCCAUUUCGGGAAAGCAUAAUUAUUUACAAGCAAAGACGCGGACAUUGCUCGUCCGCCACAAAAAGCAGAAGUGGGGAAGAAGAGAGAAAUAAAUUAUCCCUCGCCUUAUAUAACCUGAGAUUUUGAUAGAGAAAAUAUAUAUAUAUUUUUUUUACAGUGCUAAUAUAUUAAUAUGAUUCUGAUGGGGAUUUCUGACACAUGUCAAUCACAAGUAAGGGAAACACAGGGAUCUUUUAAGAAAGAAUGUGCUUACUGGACAUUUUCCUAUCACUUCAAGCGGACCGUGAGAAUGUGUCGGCGUUUAGCCGAUUCAGCAAUUUUAUAAAGCUUCUUUUGAAUUAAUUAAGUAGAGAAAGUGGAAUUGGGUCACGAGAUAAGAGAAUAUUUUUAGAAUGAAGUUACUAUGGGCUAAAUUAAGAUAAAAUCUUGGAAAUUAAUUAAAUUGAAAUUAAGAAUUUAAAAUAUCAUUACAUAUACAGUGGUGGCCAAAAGUGUGGACAUUUUUUGAAAGUUUCAUGCUUUCAACUUUGCGUGCUUGUAGAAUAUAUUAAUUUUCACUUAAAUACACGUGUUCGUAUAUCAAAAUGAAGGUAAUUUAAUGUAGAAUUUAAUAAAAAAAAUAGUAUUACAAUAUCUGUAUUACAAAAUAAGUUACGCUCAUUUUAGUAGAACAAACAAACACAAAUCGUUUUGAAUAAUGACGUGUUUUGUAAUAAAAGCGUACUAGACAAUCACAGACACUGUUCUGAGAACCAAUCAAAUGUCUGUAACUAUAGAUUAGGUUAUUUGGAUGGUAAAAGAGUUAUUGUUGUGGAAAUAUUUUGAAGAAUGAUGGAUUCUAGUACAAUUAAAUAGAGUAUUGAUGUUUUUGAAUAUUUUAAAUCCUUUUUUUAAUUAAACUAACUUUAAACAAUGUCACCAACAAGAAGAACUGAUUGGACAUUUACAAAAAGAAGCCGAAUCGUCAUAUUCAGAGAAAAUGGCCCCUCUUAUGCUGAAAUUGCAAGACAAGUUGGUGGUUCAGUGACUUGUUCUGGUGUACGAAAGUUCUGUUUACGUUAUGAAAAAACGAAAUCAGUGGAAAAUAAGGCCAAAUCAGGCCGAAAAAAAUGCACAAGUCCUACUGCCGAUAGAAAAAUUAAACGGCUAUGCCUUCAAGAUAGAAAAAUUUCAUCAGAUGCCAUUAGAUGUGAAAUGAUUGCAGGGGGUAUUGCAGUAAGUUCAAGAACAAUAAGAAAAAGGUUAUCAGAAUUUGGACUACAAGCUAGAAUUCCAAGGAAAAAAACCAUUUUUAAAUCAAAAGCAACGCGAAAAACGAGUUAAGUGGGCAAAAGAACACCUUAAAUGGUCAGAAAAUCAAUGGAAGUAAGUAAUCUGGAGCGAUGAGACUAAAAUAUCGCUCUUUGGUAGUGAUGGUAGAAAAUACGCGAGACGUAGAGUAGGUGAAGCGCUUCAUCCUGAUUGCAUUGAAGCAAUUUCAAAAACAACAACAAAUGCCAUGAUUUGGGCAUGUAUGUCUGCAGAUGGUGUGGGCCGAAUUCAAGUGAUUGAUGGCAUCCUGAAUGCCAAAAAAUACAUCGAAACUGUCCUGGAACCAAAAUUGAUACCUUCCAUCAGGUAUUUCUUCCCUAACAAAGCACCAUUUAUUUUUCAGCGGGAUUCAGCUCCAUGCCACACAGCAAAGGCAUGCAAAGCAUGGUUUCAAAAUAAAGGCAUAGAUGUAUUACCAUGGCCAGGAAACAGCCCUGAUCUCAAUCCAAUUGAAAAUUUGUGGCGACUCUUAAAAAUUCUUGUACGAAAAAUACGUUCAUCCAAUAAAAGACAACUUAUUGAAUCUAUAAUUGAUUCGUGGCACCAUAUGAUUACGAAAGAUGAACUCCAAACACUCGUUCACUCGAAGAAGACUCCAAACACUCGUUCACUCGAAGAAGACGCUGUGAAGCUGUCUUAAAAAAUAAGGGUUAUCCUAAUAAGUAUGAUUGUGUAAGUAUCACUUUUAAAAAAAUGCAAAUCUAAGCUAGAUCUUACUAAAAUGAGCGUAACUUUUUUUUAUAAUACAGAUAUUGUAACACUGUUUUUGUUAUUAAAUUUUACAUUAAAUUA